GGUAAUGGUGGUUAACGACAGUGGAAGGAGUGCAGUUUAGCAAUACGUUUUAAAGAACUUUCGUUUUUAUUAAAGAAUGCUUCGUUAGAUACGUUUUUACGCGAAUAUGAGUUCAUUCGCGGGGAGAUUGAAGGAAUAUCCCCAUUUCUCUGUCGAUUGUUUUGACAGGAACAGUUUGGAUUGUGAUGUAUAUUUUCUUUCCCAUUGUCAUCAGGAUCAUAUGAGUGGAAUGGACUCAGCAGCAUUCCAUCAUCGACUUCAGACAAGCCCAAAUGCAUUCAUCUACUGCUCUGAAACAACUCGAAAUAUUCUCCUUUGUGAUGAAAGAUACAAACAUUUAAAAAUGUAUUUGUUUGGAUUGCCAAUAGAACAUCUCACAAACAUCACUUACAACAAUACUGAAAAUGGAAAGAGUGAAACAAUAUCUGUGACAUUGUUAUCAGCUGGUCACUGUAUUGGAUCGGUCAUGUUUCUGUUUGAAGGAGUUGCUGGCACAGUUUUAUAUACAGGUGAUUUCCGCUGGAGUAAGGGCGAUGCUAGCCGAAUAUCAUUUUUCCAUUCUGGGGAUAGUGUGAAGGAUAUAAGCAGUAUUUAUGUUGACACAACGUUUUAUUUGUCUCAAAUGAAACACAUUCCAACUAGAAACUCGACCAAGAACGCCGUUAUCAAACUUAUAAAACGUUGGUUGUCAAAAGGUUCGAACUACUACGUGAGCUUGCUGUGUAAAGGAAUGUAUGGUUAUGAAUAUUUAUUGAAAGAAGUUGCUAUGGCUUUGAACACAAAGAUACAUGUGAGUGCAGAGAGGCUGUCGUUGUAUAAGAAUCUACCAGACAUGAUAAAGCAUUUCACGAUCAAAGCAGAAGACACAAGGAUUCAUUGUUGUAAUUGGCAGCAUAUAAGGAAUGUUAAUUCAAAGCUUCCAUGUGGAUAUUCACUACCUGCGCCUGUCAAAGUUAAUGUUAUUAAGAUUAAAGCUACCAGUAUGUUUUUUGCUCGGCGUACUAAUCCUUUACCUGGUGAUGGCAUCUUUCAAGUAGAUAAAGAUUUCUUUCGGGUGGUACAUUCCAUGCACGCUUCAAUGGAAGAGAUAAUAGAUUUAGUGAGUUAUCUUCGUCCGUUGAAUGUAUAUCCUACAGUGGAACCAGCUGGAAUUCACUCAUUAAAGGACACCCAAGAAAGCUUGCAACAGUAUACUCGAUGUGAAGUUAAAAUGAACAAGACGAUAAAAAACACCCCGACAUCUCGAGAUGCCGAUGAAGAGAACCCAACUUCAUUCAAAGAACAAAAAUCAUCUGUGUUUUCCGGUGCAUCUCUCUUGCGUUACACCCCAAGCGUUGAAGUAUUAGCAGAAUGUAGACAGUUGGGGCUGGAGAACGAAAAUUUUAUGGGAUUGUCACGUCGAAGAAAACGUAGAAAUAAUCAAUCACCAAACGGGAGAGCAUCCUGUGAAAUAAAGAACGUGUGUACAGACUCCACUGAAGUUCCCCAUGAAAAAUGUCGCAUUGUUGACAGCUAGCGCUUCAAAGAUAAAUUGGAGAACCCCUCUACAUCCUAAACGUAUGGAGGUCGGAUCUUUUUGCACUAUAUUGUGCUUUUUACUGAAAUAUUGUUAUAUAGUAUUAAUAUAUAAAUAACUAUUUUAAAAAUGAU